UAUGUUGUGGAAGAUAUAUGCCAUGUAGUGGAAAGUUUGGAGAGAAAGAUUGUCCUGCAUGUUGUCUUUGCUGUUUUCUGUUGCUUUGCAACUUCAGUUUCAUCAACUGGCUAUCUAUACAAGAUGAGUUCAAUAUACACUCAGGUGCCUCUUAUUCUUGUCAAGAAGAUCUACACUCAGACUUUCUUAUAUAUUAAUGUGCAACUCUUUAAUAGUCUCCUUCUGCGUUGUGAAUGUUGUACAUCUAGCAAUGGGGAGUAUGUGAAAUCUGGGGAGUAUGUGUUGAGGUUGUGUCCUUGUGAAAUUUGGGGAGUUAUUCCGCAAUGGUUGAGUUAUAAUGGAUUUGAUAUUGUAAUUUAACUUCAGAUGCAUGUAUAAUAGUCUUCAUUUUUGCAUGUUCUAAAAAUGAAAAUAUGGUGCAAUUAGCACCAUUUUUUUUUUUAUAAAAAAAUUUCGUUUUUGCGACGGCAUGAUUGCCGUCGCAAAUACCUCCACAUGGAUUAUCCUGAAAUACACAUUGCGACGGAAGUCACCGUAGCAAAUGGGCCGUCGCAAAACAAUAAAUUUGCGACGGCAAGAGAAAACCGUCGCAAAAAAGUAUUUGCAACGGAAAAUUGCCGUAGCAAUUGGAUUUUGUGACGCCACCUAUUGCAACGCCUGUUUUUCCGUCGCAAAAAGCUCAAUUUGCCGUCGCGAAAAGUUUUUGCCGUCGCAAAAGCUCAAUUUGCCGUCGCAAAAUAGGCGUCGCAAAAGCAAUUUUUUUUAG